AUGAUGACCUUUUCCAUGGUGGAUUGCGAGCCCGCCGCCUCGUCUCUCCUCUCUUGCGCCGAGCUGUCGCGUGAGCUCGAGGGCGAGAGUGACUGGACCAUCACACUCAUGCCGAGAUGGGUCCGAAGCCGAGUUCGAGGAACCUGUGACAGUUUAGCCCAGCACAUUCAGCACUCGGAAAACACCCACGACUUGUCAACAGACAAAACGCUUGAAGAAGCAGCACACCAGCUAUCUCCGCCCAAAUUUGAUGGUGAGUACAAGCGUCAAAAGAGAGAGGCAUUUGUCAAGAAGAGAAUAGCUGUCAAUAACCCCUUCUCCAACACUGGACCUGUCACCGCGACUCGGACAUCAAGCUUCAAAGUUGCCAAUGACUCCGUUCCCACGGUAGUCGAUACCACUCUGAAUAGCGCAAUUUCGACCGCUACCGGCGAGGCCAUCGUUGACACCAGGGUGCCUGGGUUCAAACAAGACAACGUCACACGCCAGGUCAAUGAGACCAGGUGCAAGUCACAGGUGCCCAUCUCAAACCCUGGCAACGCCUGUAAUGAUGCCAUUCUACCUGCGGAGACUGUUGAGCCACGGCCAAUUGAUGUCGAGACUCCCAGCAACACCAUUGCGACCGAGGAACAGAGCGCUAUGACCCAGAGUCACUGGCAGCCCCCUUCUCAGAUCAACCAAGUACCCAUUGAGCACAUGCUUCGCAAGUUUGGCAGGGUUGUCGACGACGUCAUAUACGGUAUUCGCCGUAACGGAAAGGUUUUCUGGUACUACACGGAUGAACCAGCGUAUGUUCCUCUCACAGUGCGGGAAUUCAUCGAUUUCGAAGCCGUGUACCCAGCCGAGUACUUUCCGUACCACAACGACUACUAUCUGGCACAAAUGUACGGCGACAACGCGUGCCUGGGCGGAGAUUACCUCAUGCCUCUCUUUCUGGACAAUCGGGAAUGGAAUGCGGAAAAGAGUAUGAUUUUGUGGGCGGAAUGGACGAGAUAUUUUUACGCCAUGGCAACGAAUGACGAUAUGCGCCAGCAGGCCAGGGAGCUGGCUCGUCAUGAAGCCAGCAUGGUUUGGGGGCCUGAAUUUUUGAACUGCUCCUUCACUCCUCUGCGCUACCACGAGGGCCAUGACGAACAGACCACCUACGAUCACUCUCAAGCUGAAACCCAAUACGAGAAUGCCGUGGGCCUUGAAGCUGGAACUCAAGAGAUGCUGGCCAUUCUUCACGGGACCCCAGCGUCGUCCCCGUCGAAGCAUAAGCAACAGAGGACCAACGCGACAAUCGAGAUCGCCCAAACCGAGGCGCCCCAACGUGCUCAGCAGAUACUCGAGACACCCUCACCCCCCGGAAGCUGUCUCAAAGAGAGGUCCAAGAGUGACUCGUCUGGCACUGGGAGUGCCAAGUCGGUGCGGUUUUCGGAUGAAGUCCUUCUUCUAAGCCUUGUAAACCGCGGCAAUUGUGGCAGUCUCAAGAAUGAACAGGCUAAAUACACCAAAGAGAAGCUUGUAGAGAGCGAACCGGGUCGAGUUGACUGCGAAGAGUCUGUUGAAGACUCGGAUCAUGUGGAGCCUCCAAGGACUGGCCUCAUGUCACCCGCAGUCGUUCACCGUUCCUGCCAUCAAGAAACAAAAACUCCCAGAGACAAGGCACAGAAUCAGGGGUCAGUGAAGGAGCAGCGAACAGACGACUCAGCAGCCCUCAUGGGUGGCCACGAAGUUGCCCAGAGAUUCGGUGGUGCCAAAGCUGUCAGAACCAUGAGUCAGAAGACGAGCAAUUUUACGUUUACAAAGAGUGACCAGAGAGUCAUCGACACGCCCAACGGUCGAACAGGGAACCAAGUAACACCAUUUGAGAAAGGGCCAUACUCUCCAACUAGCAGUACCGCAACUCAAAAGAGUGAGAAGGUGCCAGAGAAUACAGCCAUAGUGUGUGACAAGACAGAACAGCCCCUGGCGGCCAAACUCAAUGCCCCAGCAGACAGCACAAAAGGUUCUGACAAAACCAAGGCUGUGUGGUCCAAGUUGGUAGCCACCUCUCCAGAGAGUUCACAGGCUAGUUCACGCAGCUCCGACGCAUCUCCAAGAAGGUGGCGGACAUUCCGCAAGCCGCCCACAUCCCCCGGCUUUCCAACCAGAAGCCGGACCGAAGAGAUGAGCAGUCCCGUCCCAGCACCAAAGAAGCAGAGUGUAGACUUGGCUGAGAAGAUUGAAGGAUCCCCAGCCAGCGCAGUCCCAGCAGCCAAAACCCCAACUGUGGUCUGGGCUGAAAAGGUCCAAGAACCGGCGGCCAGUCCCGUCCAAGCAACCCCGGGUCCGGUGCGCCCUCACACGCGCCAAUCUCCCUUGUCACCACCGCCGAGGGGACAGGGUGGACGCACCCUCAUCGAAACUCUUAACACCGACAUGAGCUGGACGCAGCUACAGCCAAACCCGGUCCCGCGGGCGCCUGUCAACCCCCGGGCUCCGGCUCCAAGCCCAGCCACGGCGCGCGCGGGCCAACGACAAGAGAACCCGGGCGCUGGCAGGCGCGGAGGACAGGGCGGACAAGCCAGGAGAGGGGGCGGGAAGGCGGGAGAUGUCCGGGGUGGCAGCGGUGAGGGCAGGCGCGGGGCCGACGGGGGGAGGGACUCGCGCGGGGGCGGUGAGACAGCCGCGGGAAGGAGUAGAGGAGACGGUCCUGGGGCGAAGAGAGAGAUGUCGCGAUGGAGGAAAUUGAGGAAUGAGAGCAGUUGGCGUUGA